UUCUCCAGCUUUCUCUUCAGACCUCAGAGGGAAAAUAUCAGGCAGGAUAAGGGAGAGAGGAGGAGGAAAAGUGAGGAGGGGAAAGAGAGAAAGAGGAAAGAUGGCUAGUGAAUUCAAAAAGAAAAUGUUCUGGAGGGCAGUGGUGGCUGAGUUCCUUGCCAUGAGCCUCUUUAUUUUUAUCAGCAUUGGCUCAGCUCUGGGUUUUAGCUUCCCGGUGGUGGGCAACAAAACGUCGACAAGGUCUCAGGACAACGUGAAGGUUUCGCUGGCUUUUGGGUUAUCCAUUGCUACCAUGGCACAAAGCGUUGGCCACAUCAGCGGUGCCCACCUGAACCCAGCUGUGACCCUGGGCCUCCUGCUGAGCUGCCAGAUCAGCAUCUUCAAGGCAAUCAUGUACAUCAUUGCCCAGUGCCUGGGGGCAGUGGUGGCCACAGCUAUUCUGUCGGGAGUCACCUCCUCUCUCCCAAACAACCUCCUGGGGCUCAAUGCGCUUUCAGAUGGAAUCAAUGCAGGCCAAGGACUAGGAAUUGAAAUCAUCGCUACCCUCCAGCUGGUUUUGUGUGUCCUUGCCACCACAGACCGGAGAAGGACUGAUGUCUCAGGAUCAGCACCUCUGGCCAUUGGUCUCUCUGUUGCCUUGGGACACCUUCUUGCUAUUGAUUACACCGGAUGUGGAAUUAACCCAGCCAGAUCUUUUGGCUCAGCGCUGAUUGCUAACAACUUUGAAAAUCACUGGAUCUUCUGGGUUGGCCCAAUCAUUGGAGGAGCAAGUGCUGCCCUCAUUUAUGACUUCAUCCUGGCACCCAGAAGCAGUGACCUGACUGACCGUGUGAAGGUGUGGACCAGCGGCCAAGUAGAAGAGUAUGAUCUGGAAGGAGAUGAUAUGAACUCCAGGGUGGAAAUGAAGCCAAAAUAAAGAAGGGCAAGGGGAAAGGGGAGGGGGGGAGGGGGGAGCGCAUUGGUUUCUGAAGAUUUUAUCAGUGUUAUAGACUUUUUGUAAACCAGCAAGAAGUACUUUGUUGUUUUUUGUUUAUUUGUUCGUUUUUUAAUUCAUCACGGUUUUCCAUUUUUUUUCCCCAAUCUUAAUAACACUUUCAUACCUGGGGUUUUCCAACUGCAAAUUCUACAGGCCAAGAAUUCAUUAGACACUUGUGCAUGAGUUACAUAAAUUAAGUUGAAUUUUAACCGUUCCCCCACCACCGCCAAAUUUGCUGGUGUAUUUAGCACGGCUAGUUCUCCCAGCACAUCAUGUAGUAUUGAUAAGUCUGUUUGCUGAAAGAACAAAUACAUAGAACAAAGAGCCAUCUGUAGCAAUAACAGGGGUUUUGUACCGGAAAAAAAUGUAUUUACACAGAUACGCAAGGCUGGUAUUUAACGUCAGCAGUGCUUAUAAAAAAAAAUAAAAAUAAAAAAAUCUCUAAUCGUUUUCCAGAAGCAUCUUUUGGAAGAAAAAGCCACAAAUAACUAUUACUUAUGUAGAAUGAACCAUAUUUUUCUAAAUGAUUGAUAAUCUUCAAGAAAGAGGACCAGAAAUGUUUUUGAGCAGAACAAGAACUUUCAGAGUCCCCAAAUCUAUUUACAUUUUCCAGUGUUUCAUCCUCUCUGAACCUGCAUCCAGCCCACUGUGAAGAGAGAGAAUAUAUGACCAAAAAUGUAUUGAUAUAUGAAUUCCUGGGAAGUAAUAACUAGAAAUGAAAUUGGAAAUAAUAGUAAAAAUGGCAACAGGAACAGCAUGGUCCUGAUACUUAACAGGACAUGAUUGUUCCUGUGACUGUCCUGCUUUUGCUUGUCUUUUCUAAUUUAACUCUACAUUUGAAAAGAAACAGGAUAAAAAAUAAAAAUAAAAUAAUAAAAAAAAGGCCCCUUUCUUUCUGACCCCAUUUUAAUAGCCAAUGUUAUGACAUUCAGGGACAAUUAAUAGAUAUACACACAGUAUAUUUUCUAAAGAGUGACAAAUACAUACCUGUGUGCAAGUCCAUUUUGGGGGUCAUUCCUUUGUUUUUUUUAUAUAUAUAUAUAUAUGUUUAUAUAAAUGUUUUAUACAGAAAGUUUAGUAUACUGUUUUGUAAGAAAAUAAGAGCAGAAGAUAAGUGGAAGGAAAUGCAGAAGUGCUUAGCAAAAUAAAUGACACUGGAAAUGUAAAGAAAACUAACACUCUAAACAAAGUGGAAGACUAUUUUCUGUUUUUGUUUUUGUGUGUGUGCUACUUUUGAUUUCCUGAGUAACCAUAGCAGUAGCUGGUCUUACAUACUAACUAUAGAAGGUAGGUCAAGCAGAUAGGUGCUGAUAUACUUGUUCUGCACUAAACUGUUUGGCAUAAGAAACAAGACCCAGAAAAAUCUAUAUGAAAACUGCACACUUAACAAUUCAGACAAGCACCCCAGACAUAAUAUGAUGGGUGUCUCCUGAUAGAGACAGCAUGGAAAUGGGAAUUGAGAGAAGGUUGACAUGGGCAUCCAUAUAGAUUGGAUCAUUUCAGUGAAUUGAGCAGAUGUAUAAUGAAAAAAAAAAAAAAAAAAGAAGAAGAAACACCAGCAAACUGAAACAGAAUGUGUUUUAUCUUUCAUGUUUACUUUUGGUGUCUUAUCCCGUGUAUUGUCUAUGUACAUACAGCAUGAUUGGAUUUUGGGGUGGUUUAAAAAUAAACAAAAUCAGUUGUGCUAACA